CUUGGAGGGAUCCCCCUCGAUACACUGGACUGGGAACUGUGCACGGGUAAGUUGGAGUCAAAUAAGUAUAACUCUUUGUUUUUGGAUUUCUCAACUACAUGGCCGAGCAUAAAACAUUGGGUUUUGCAGAGUGGAGGCAAUUGACUGGAACCGCAGUCUAAUACGUGGAGGACCUUUUCUGGUGCAUUUCUGGGACCUCUUAAAUCUUUCUGAUUUUGGAUUUUGCAACUCAAAACCUAAAAAAGGGGGUUUAAAGCAAGAUGGCUUUUCACAAGCUUAUGAAUUCAAUGAUUUUCAUACUUUGUAUUGGUGGCUAUCAUUGCCAGAAGGAUUGUACUGGUGUGGAUUGCCCGGUGUUGGACAACUGCAUCGAGGAGGUGUUGGAGACGGGGGCAUGCUGUGCCUCUUGCUUGCAGACCGGGUGCACGUGCGAAGGUUACCAGUAUUAUGACUGCAUCCAUGCAGGGUUCAGGAACGGGAAGGUUCCGGAAGGGGAGUCCUACUUUGUGGAUUUUGGAAGCACGGAAUGUUCUUGCCCACAAGCUGGUGGAAGGAUAAGCUGCCACUUUAUCCCUUGUCCGGAAAUUCCCGCCAACUGCAUUGACAUCUUGGAACCCGCUGAUGGGUGUAUGCAAUGCGAGCGAGUCGGGUGUGUCCAAGAUGAGCAGAAGUACGAGGCUGGCCACUCCUUCCACCUGGACCCGUGUCAGGUCUGCCACUGUCCAAACGACGGUGGAAGUCUGAUGUGCUACGAUGUCCCCGAAUGUGACCCACAUGCAGUUCAGAAACCCAUGUUGGCAGCUACCACGGAGGAGAACAGUCCCGACAGGCACUACAACGACCCGUACAUCUUUGACCAGGACGGCACCGUCAACAGCAUUUCCAAGCCGUACCGUGUGUCCCACAGUGACACCUUGCCCCUCUUCAAACAGGACCCUGCUGAUGUUGAUGAAGAAGAGGAAUAUGACUAUCCACCCACGGGCUCUGUCAGAGAUUCUCUGUUGGACCAGAAUUUUCCAACAGAGCCCGCUGUCGUGUCCUUUUCCUACCCCGGAGCCACCGUUUCACAGGACAUUGACCGAGCUGAAAAGCAAGAACUCAGAGAACUAGUUGGAACUCAUGAAGUGGAGACAGACGCAGAAGAGGUGACCACAGACACUCCACAGACAGUGGAGGAGACAACCCCAACUGUCCAGAUGGAGGAGACAACCCCAAGUGUGCAGAUGGAGGAGACAACCCCAACUGUCCAGGUGGAGGGGACAACCCCAAGUGUCCAGAUGGAGGAGACCACAACAAUGUUAGGAAGAGCUCCAGAGAACCAGAUCCAUCAGCAGGGAGUAGGUGACAAAGAAGGGAAAAAGCAGGAGGACAGCAAAGUUGUCACAUCAGAGGCUGUCACUGACACUAGCACUGCUGAAAAAGGCCUGCAAAUCACUACUGACAGCGAAGAUGAAGAGGCAGAUAACGUCCCUGUGAAUGAGGACGCUAAUAAUUUGGGAAGACGGGAAAGGCAGUCUGGAACGCAUAGCCAGCCGCAUGGGAAAUCCCAGGAACCCCACACCUUCCCCUCAGUGAAGUUCAGCCCCACUAGCCCACCGCUGGUGAAGAUGAACGCUGAAGAGGGACAGCCUCCAACGAGGCAGCCACAGACCCUGUUCAACUACCAAACUGAGGAGGAGGAGGAGGAGGAGGAGGCAACGGAGGAAAACAAUGCCCUUGAAUCCUUUCCAGAACAUCAUGAGGUUUCUGCUCAGGAUCUGGUAGAAAACUGUUGUGACGCCGGCCAGAAGUGGGCGGCGACCAACGACCACUGCAGCGACAUGCCUGCAGUUAAUGAGGACCGGCACUCCAUAUGUAGGACCGCACAGAUGCAGUGCUGCGCAGGCUUCCUGAAGGAGAGCAUGUGCCUGGCCGGGAUGAACGCUGCCCGCGGGGGGGAUGCGUGCGAGGCGGGCGACGGCCAUGCCUGCGGAACCGACUCCUUCAAGGAGUGCUGUGACUGCUGCACUCUGGGAAUGCGCUUCCACGCAGAGGGCCAGAGCUGCGAGCCACACCAGUACCUGGGCUACCCCUGCAGCCACAUCUUCGUGACCUGCUGCCUGGGGGAUGAGGGCACGAGCCAGCCCACCAUCCGGGGGAAGGAGAGGCCCAAAACCACGGCCUUCCCACAGAAAGUUUCAGACGGGAAGUUCCCGAACGAGGCCUUCUCCAUCGACGACCGCGACGAGGCGGAGAACUCGGUGGAGGAGCCGGAGGACGUGGACGAGUGCCAGCUGCACGAGGGCCGGCUCUGCCACCACCGCUGCAUCAACACCUGGGGCUCCUACGAGUGCGGCUGCUUCGCAGGGUACCGGCUGCUGCAGGACGGCCAGAUCUGCGUGCCAGAAACCCAGUUGGAGGACAACCAAGUGAUGGAGGAGAACCCCCCAACAGAGGCACCCAAAACCCCUACCCCCGCUGCUCCAACUACCCCCACCCCUGUGCAGCCAGACCCCUGUGAAGCUAAAGGCCCCUGCAUGCACCAGUGUACCGCAGUGGAAGGUCAGGCUCUCUGCUCCUGUUUCCCAGGGUACUAUCUGCUGGCCGACGGACACUCGUGUGAAGAUGUGAAUGAGUGCAGGAGUGGCGCACACAAUUGCUCCCGUGGGGAUUUUUGUGUGAACAAAGAAGGAUCUUUCCAGUGCCUCCGCCUGAAUGAUCUGUGUGAUGAAGGUUUCGUACACAACGUGAAUAGAGAAUGUGUGGAUGUGAACGAGUGUGUCACCAACACGCACAGCUGCCAGGCCAACGAGUCGUGCCUCAACACCCACGGGUCCUUCGAAUGCGAGAGGCAGAUCACCUGCCCCUCCGGCUACCAGCUGAGACACGGCGUCUGCGAAGACGUGGACGAGUGCCUGCAGAGGACCCACAGCUGCGGGGUGGGCUUCGAGUGCCAGAACUCGGAAGGCUCCUUCACCUGCAGGCCCAGGCAGAAGUGCUUCACCGGGUUCUCCCCGGACGCUCACGGGAACUGCAUCGACAUUGACGAGUGCAGCAGCCUGGAUGAGCCCUGCAGCUCCGGGUUCAACUGCAUCAACACGGUGGGGUCCUACGCCUGCCAGCGCAAGAUCAUCAUUUGCAGCGCCGGGUACCACGCCAGUCCCGACGGGGCCCGCUGCAUCGAUGUGGAUGAGUGUCAGACAGCUGUUCACCGCUGUGGCGAGGGGCAGAUCUGCCACAACCUGCCCGGGACGUACCGCUGUGACUGCCAGACGGGCUACCAGUACGACAUGAUCCGGAGGGUGUGCGUGGAUUUGAACGAGUGCUGGCGCUACCCGGGUCGUCUUUGCGGCCAGACGUGCGAGAACACCCCGGGCUCGUACCGCUGCACCUGCACCUCCGGCUUCACGCUCGCCUACGACGCCAAGAACUGUGAAGAUGUGAACGAGUGCACCAACAACCCCUGCAGCCAGGAGUGCGCCAACGUAUACGGCUCGUACCAGUGCUACUGCAGACAGGGCUUCUACCUGAAGGAAGACGGACACACCUGUGAAGAUAUCGACGAGUGCUCCCAGAGCAUAGGGAACCUCUGCGCCUUCCAGUGCGUCAACGUGCCGGGGAGCUACCAGUGCGCCUGCCCCCCCGAAGGGUACUCCAUGUCCCCCAACGGACGCACCUGCAGAGAUGUAGACGAGUGCGCCAUCGGAGUGCACAACUGCAGCGCCGCUGAGACCUGCUACAACAUCCAGGGGAGCUACCGCUGCCUGUCCUUCGCCUGCCCGCCCAACUACAGGAGGGUGUCUGACACACGCUGCGAGCGCAUCAGCUGCCCCAACUUCCUGGACUGUCAGAACACCCCGCUGAGGAUCACCUACUACCAGCUGAGCUUCCAGACCAACAUCGUCAUCCCCGCCCAGAUCUUCCGCAUCGGGCCGUCGCCCGCCUACUCCGGAGACAACAUCAUCAUCAGCAUCACCCGCGGCAACGAGGAGAACUACUUCAGCACGCGCAAGCUCAACGCCUUCACGGGCGCGGUCUACAUGCAGAGGCAGGUCCGCGAGCCCAGAGACUUCCUCAUCGACGUGGAGAUGAAGCUCCUGCGCCAGGGCACCUUCACCACCUUCGUGGCCCGCAUCUACGUCUUCAUCACGGCUCACUCCCUCUAACCGGCUCGCCCGCCGUGCCGCACACAGAUUUCACACGGUGCUAAAGUCUGAGCUCUCCGGUUAUAGACUACACUGCCGUCUUUACCGGAAGCCUCUUGUCUUCUGUACGCUUCAUAUAUCUAUAUGCGAUAUUGCUGAAGACCUCUUGUGUUAAAUUUCGCUCGUAAUGCACCAGGCGCCUGGGCUGCUUUGAGGGCGAGGAGACUAAAACCAUUAGGAGCGCUGUUGUCUUUAGUCAUGCUAAGGCAUUACACCAGAGGGGUAUUUCACGAAGCAGGAUCACUGAGUUCACUGGAUAACUGCGGCAAAUGAAAACCGGAAGGGUAAUUCCACAGUAACCAACAAACAGCCGCAGGAUAUUUGAGUGGUGAAGUGCAAUACAGCUACUUAAGAGAUUGACAUAUGCUUUUAUAACCCUAAAGAGGAAAUAACUCUUAUUAUGUGGCUGUAUUGGGCUUUACCACCCAAAUAUCCAGCAGUUGUAUUGUCAGUUGCUGUGGAAUUGCCUGGAACAGCUCUUUUUAUUUCAGUUCACGUUGCAGAUUUAGUUUGGAUCUGGGUUUUACAGGGUGAGGUUAUCCAGCUAACUCAGUAGUGCCUCAUUGUGAAACAGGCCCCAGACCUUGUAUUAUGAUAUGUUGACCAACUGAUAUGUUUCCUCUUGAUUCUCUGCAGUCUAUUUAUGUGUUGCUAUUGGACAGAUAGUUGUACUCUUAUAACCUGAGACAUUAUUCAGUCAAAUGGAUGUAUUAUAUUUUUAAAAGCUGGGGUCCAAAGAGUUUCUUUAAACUUAUUUUUGUUUAGAUAUACCAGUUUUGAAACUUAUGAGAUUAAUGUGGUGAGCCCAUGUGACAUAAAAACCAGCACUGAGGACUUUCAUGUUUUUUUAUUUUAUUUUUCUAUUUUGUACUAGGACAUAUGUUGGCAUGUUACUGUGUAAAAAAUCAUCUCAGGGUAAAAAAAAAAAAAUUAACCAAAAAAAAAACAGCCUUAGAUACUAUCCAGUUUGCAAGUAAUCAUUUUCCAUUAAACAUUUUCUGUAUGACAAACUGGUUUCCUGUUAUUCUCUUAGGGGCAAAAACAAUGCCAUUCCCAGAAUGAGGUAUUUGCACCCUAGGAUCGACACCUGCUGUCACUCAUCUUUAGUGCCAGAUGACUGAGAGCAGGUGUAAUCGUGCGGCAGGGGAGCUCAAAUCUAAUAGGACAUCUUCAUGUACAUUAAAAAGAAUGUACAUUUAAUUUCCCUCUAUAGCUGAAACACAGCAGUGUGUUUUUACGAUUUUUGCUUUCAGAAAACCAUGUGGUCUUUAGAUAAUAGUGCAUAUAACCAAAAGUGGCAUUUAGAAAAUAUCCUUUCGGGGCACCAGCAUUAUAUUUACAUUUUGAAAAUCACAAUGUCUCAGCAAUAAAACUACACAUUUGACCACUACAUGCUAUGUGCAGUGAUAGCCACUUCUUGUCUCAUUUUUCAGUUUUUUUUCUUCCAUGCACACAGACCUAGUCUGGCUGACUGAAAGUACCCAUGUAACAAAUAAGUAAGUUAAUAAGGGGUUUGAAUACCAAGUUACAUUAAUAAGUGUGUAAACAUGGGAUUAGGUUGUAUUGUACAACAAGUGCUGUAAGCUGUUCUAUGCAUAAAUAAAAAUGUGAUUUUAUUAUGGA